CUCAACAAUGUGUUGUUGAGUUUUGCAUUGUAAGUUAGCACAAGAGUAACACACUUCACUACACAAUUGAAGUAAUGUUGGUUGAACUGUAUACACACAGGUUGCUUGACAACCUUAUCUGCUCGCUCCAGCGUGCAGAUAAGUUAUUUCCUCGUUUUGAGGCUGAAACUUGAGAUUGAAAACUCAGAAACUGAGGUCCGUCUCAGCUCUCUUUCCCUCUACACGGAAAGAAAGAGUAUGUUCGUUUCAACUGGGGGCCUGGAGAGAUUUACACCACAAUACUUUUCUUCACAGUCAGCUGCCACAACAUCUAAAUUAAAAGAAAUUGACGUGAAAAAGACACCCGAUGCACUUCUUAAAUAAAAGAAGAGCUGUCCACACUUUUGGCAGCAUUUGAAUGACUGCCAACUUCCUCAAUGGUAACCAAGGUGACCAAGCUGCCAUAAGGAAGUUCCCACAAAUCUCUCUUGUGCCAUCUAUUGUCCCGUCAAGAUAUCUUGGUGUAUCUGAGCAUCUUGUCAGCUUGCUGGCACUCCAGGAAUGACACCAAAAAUAUUCUGUCAUUUGAGGCGGAAGCUGGUCAUCCUUGUGGCAUCACUGUGGCUGCUUUUCUUACUCUGCAGCCAACUCUGGAAUAUCAGCUCCACCACCAAGUAUGACUGGUUGGACUACACGGACGACAAUGAUGUCGCUAACCCGGAGAAGGUUUGCAACUUCACAGCCAUCCUGCAGGGAGAGCAGGAUGAGCUGGACCGAGCCAAGAUACUCACCAUGACUAAAGACUUCCGCAAGAAGGUCCACAUCCCUGAUGAGUUUUACAUCAACGCUACGAAAGACUGCAAGAAGUUCAGGUCAAGCAGGAAAUAUUUACCAUUCCCGUUAAGCCAGGAAGAGGAGGACUUCCCCCUGGCUUACUCCAUGGUGGUCCAUCACAAGGUGCAGAAUUUUGAGCGUCUGCUGCGAGCCAUCUACACGCCUCAAAACAUCUACUGCGUCCACGUGGACAACAAAGCCCCAGCGUCUGUCCGAUCAGCCAUCAGGUCUAUUGUCUCCUGCUUCCCAAACGUCUUCCUGGCGAGCCGCUUAGAGACCGUGGUCUAUGCCAGUUGGUCCCGUGUCCAGGCCGACCUCAACUGCAUGGCCGACCUUUUGAAGGCCAGCGUCACAUGGAAGUACUUCAUCAACCUGUGUGGACAGGACUUUCCUCUCAAGACCAACUUGGAGAUGGUGCGGGCCCUCCGCUCUCUGGACGGAGCCAACAGCUUGGGGUCCGAGAAGAUGCCCAAGAAUAAGAUGUGGAGGUGGAAGAGCGUUCACCACAUAGUUGAUGGACAUAUCAAGAGAGUGGGAAAGCCAAAGGAGCCACCACCCUUCAACCUCCCAAUUUUUUCUGGAAACACCUAUAUUCUGGUCACCCGAGCUUACGUUGGUAGCGUCCUGGAGGACAAACGCAUCCAGGCACUCAUGGACUGGGCCAAGGACACGUACUCGCCUGAUGAGUUCCUGUGGGCGACCAUUCAAAGGAUGCCCGGCAUCCCCGGCUCCACGUGGCUCCACCCCAAAUAUGACCUCAGCGACAUGAACGCCUUAGCGCGGCUCUGCAAGUGGGAGUGGCACGAGGGCGUACGGGCCUCUCUGGACGCCGUGUACCCCAAGUGUCAUGGCACCCAUGUGAGAAACAUAUGUAUUUAUGGGGCCGGAGACCUGCAGUGGAUGCUGAAGCAGCAUCACCUCUUUGCCAACAAGUUUGACAUCGACUUUGACGCUGUGGUUGUUUACUGUUUGGAAAAAUACCUGAGGCAAAAAGCUCUGGCUGCCUUAGAGUAGAUCGAAGUGGACUUUUUCUUUCUCCGAAUAGGGCUGUCCCGAUACAACUAUUUUGCUUCCAAUACCUUAGUGUUGGAGAUGAAAUUCUCCACAACCUACUAAAGGUCAAAGGACCACUUUGAAAAAUUAAUUAAGCCAAUUUGACCUCCCCUUACGUGUUUGUUCAUCUCCAAUUAGGAGAAGGAAAGAAGACUCGCACACCAAAUUAGAUUUACAAAACGUAUUGAAAAAUAAGUCAGACAGAAUAAUUUUACAGCUACGGAGCUCCGAACCCCGUUUCAUGCACCAGUUCCCUGCGCCUCCAGCUGAAUGAGAAAGAGUGUUCCGAUACCUGUACGGGACUUCUGACUAACAAUUUUAGUCUGUUUUGCCUAGCACCUAGAACGCUUACUGGGAUCAGGUGGUUUCUUCACUGACAUUGAGAUGAAUCCGCCGUAUUUAACAAAUCCCCCUUUGUAGUCAGACUUCCCCACAGCAGCCAUUCUCGAGUGUACGGACAUGCCUAACUAAUCUAGCUUUGCCAUUUUACUAUUUUCGUUUACUUCUAAUUUAUGCUAACAAGGGUGCAAUAUGUAUUUACAAAAUAAGACGUGACAAGUCAACCUCGCACCACUCUGUCCAACUCCCACGGUCUUUCCCCCACAAAGGCCUGUUGUUUGGUGCCACUGACGCAGCUUGUCUGCUCACGCAGAGUUUGAAAAACAUGUUAGCACAUCAGGACAGUGUUUCAGAAGACAAUCUCUGUGAUUUUUUAUACAAAGCCUUUUUUUUCAUGGUCAACACUAUAAACAUACAUGUCACCCAUAUGUGUAUGAUAGCACAUUUGUCACUUGCCAGUUUGCAUGCUUACAUUUCUAUGAGAUAAGGGAAGCAGAGUACAGUAUCUCCUGAUUCAAAACAUGGGCAUGUGACACUCCUGCUGUUAUCUAAUUGUGGUACCAAAAAGUGAAAUAUCAAGUGGUUGAAAACAAUAUAAUGAGUGGAUUAAUGAUAAAUUAAAGCAAUCACCUUCCAGAUUUUACUCUUUACAAUAACGAAUGUCCAAAAAAUAAACAGUAAAAUAUUCAUUGUUUGAAAAGGGUAAAAACAGAGGAAUCUUAUUGAUGCAUUUAUAAGAUUAUGAUCCCUAGAAAUGUAUUUUCUUUCAUGCUUUCAAUAUCCACUCCGUUUAUUUGUAUUUGAUCGUACGUAUCCUUUCUGCUAUUUCCACAUAGCAUUAUUUUGUUUUACUUUGUUAAAAUGUUGUGAUUAAUUGUAUCAAAGGAUUUUGUGAGAUCCAUGAAUACUGCAACUGCACACCUUCUGUGGUCUAUAGCAUUAGUAAUUUCCUCCGUGAUUUUGAUCAGUGCCAUAGAAGUUCAAAUGUUAGCUCUGUAUCCGUAUUGACUACCUGCUAGCAAUUUGUUAUUAAAAUAACAAAAUAGUUUCUCGAUAAUUUUAGAAAAUUUAGGUAAUGAGGAAAGUGGACGGUAAUUUGUAAAUUGAUGUUUAUCUCCAUUUUUGGAACCACGUUAGCUAUUUUCAUUUUGUUCAAAAAUGUUCCAGUCUGAAAUGAUAAGUUACUGAUAUAUGUUAACGGUUCUACAAUCUCAUUGAUAAGCCUUUUUAUUGUUUCCAUUUCGAUUCCAUUACAAUCAGUUGAUGUUUUUGCCUUCAAGUUGUUGACAAUGUCAGUGGUUUCCUUUUUAGUUUAGUUCACAGUGAGAAACAUGGAAUUGAGAUCCCUAUCUAUGGUAUCAUUCCAUUUGUCCAUUGGAGUUUUAGAAUUUAUUUCUCCAGUUUUGGUCCAAUAUUUACAAAAUAGUUGUUAAAAAUUUCAAGUACCUCAUUCAUAUCAUCCUUAUUAGUGUUUCCAACCAUGAAAUAGUGAGGGUAGUCUGCUUUCUUAGUGCUGUUCCUUAUAAUACUUUUUAAGAUGCACCAAGUUGCUCUCAUGUUAUUUUUAUUCUUAUCAAGUACAUGACUAUAGUAUUCCUUCCUGCACGCUCUCAAGAUAGUUGUCAACUUAUUUUUUAUAAGUCUUAUACUUUUUUCCUGCUUCUUUAGUUUGUUGAAUAAUAAAUGUUCUGUAUAAAGUAUUCUUCUUCUUACAGGCGCUUUUUAGUCCUUUUGUCAUCCAUGGCUGGUUUUUCUUUUGCUUCUUGGACUUUUCUUGCCAGAGACAGUUGUUAUCCUAGAGCUCCGUGUAAGUGUUUAGAAAGCCAUCAUAUGCUUCAUCCACAUCUUUUAACUGUAGACACUCUCCCAUCUUGUUCUUCUAGAUCUUUCCUGAAAGCGCUGAUGCUAUCUUCUGUGCGCAGUCUUUGAAAAGUCUUUUUAGCCACUAUCUGUCUUUUAUUAUAAUGUUCAUUGUAAAUUGUAAAGACUGGAAGAUGAUCACUGAUGUCACUGUUUAACAGGCCACUAGUUGUG